AGGAGGAGGAGGAGGGAGGACGGUUUCCUUUCUGUAACACGCUACAACAUACCGGGAAAGAAAAUAGGAGAAGGAAAGACCGCAGCCCUGUUUUUCCUGUGUGCGUUAUUAUUUUUUUUUAUGGGAAUUUAUAUAUAUAUUUUUUAAUUUCGCGGUACGUUCGCGGACUAUCAUGGAAAGAAGAGUGCGCUCCUGACGAGGAUUGACUUUCAGUGAACCUCUGCUCCAAGUGUGGCUAAUAGACGGAGAGGAAGACAUGUUGAAGGCUCUUUUUUUAAAUUUCGUUUUCUCGAGGUUGCACUGAAAGCAAACGGCUGCGUUCAGAGGAAAGAAACACGGGGCUCGGAGGGCUGAAGCGGACGGUGUGUUCACGAACCGGCCUUUUCGUCGCGCUUUUAUUUUUAAUUGGCUUGUUACCAGCUUUAAAUGAAGCAGGCCUUUAGCUAGCCCCGCAAUAAAUACAGCUCCCUAAUUUUGUAAUAGCAGCGUUUCUAAAUUUAACGACCUAUAAAACAAACAUUGCUUCUUUUUUUUAAACCCGUGGUAAGAAACUAUUUCACACAAAGGCUCAGGUGAAAAUAUAGGCUGCUUGUUUUUCAUAUUUUAACGGCCAGUUCUCGAGUAGGUCGAGGUUUUUUGUUCUUUGUUUUUUUCCUCCUCUUCCCCCAGUUUCGAUCAAAACAGGGGGUCAUAAAUAAGAUUUUUAAAUGUUAAUGUCGACCGACGUUGCAUCUCUCAUGCUGCCUGUGUCCCGGGGUCUGAUGGACCGGGAUCGAGAGCUGGACGUCAUGCAUCCGAACCCGGGCGGCGCUCCGGCGGCCGUUCGCGGAAUGAAGCGCGGAGACCCGGAGCCUGACGCACAGACAGCGGCCGCUCUGGUGGAGGCGGCCGGGGCGGAGUGCAAGCGGCCCCGGAUCGACAGUUCAGGAGGGAUCGGCGAGGUUGGGCAGAGCAAUGACUCAUUGACUCUUGGAUACCAUGGCUACCCUUCUCAUGGUCAGGGCUCUCAGGAUAGUGCUGGCGGUCAGGAGGGACUCGUGCCCCCCCCCUUCUCUGCAUUCCCUCCACCUCCUCCACCACCUCCACAGAACAGCUUGGCCCUGGACUAUGGGGGAAGUCUGUAUGCCACAGGAGCGGUUCAGGGCCCCGUGGAAGCUGGCGGAGCAGCAAAUAGCGCCCCCAGCGCUGCCAACACCCUCAGUACCCAACAGUCAGAUGGAUCCUCCCAGAUUGAUGGCCAGCCAGGGAUUGGUUCAGGGGGAGGAGGAGGAGGCAGCUCUGGAGAUGAUUCAGAUGCCAAGGGGACCCCGAAACGCCUCCACGUCUCUAACAUCCCGUUCCGUUUCCGAGACCCUGACCUACGACAGAUGUUUGGACAAUUUGGGAAAAUCCUGGAUGUCGAAAUUAUUUUCAAUGAGAGGGGAUCCAAGGGCUUUGGCUUUGUGACAUUCGAUUCGAGCGCCGAUGCAGAGCGAGCUAGAGAGAAACUCCACGGCACGCUGGUGGAAGGACGGAAAAUCGAGGUGAACAAUGCCACAGCCAGAGUGAUGACAAACAAGAAGAUAACCACCCCGUACUCCAACGGAGAGGGCCUUGCAGCUCUACCAUACGCUGGAUGGAAGUUAAGCCCCAUGGUUGGAGCCAUGUACAGCCCUGAGCUCUAUACAGUACCGGGGUUUCCUUACCCAGCAGCAGCAGCUGCGGCAGCUGCAUCAACUGCCGCGACCUUUCGAGGCGCUCAUCUCCGGGGUCGUGCUCGGCCAGUCUACAGCGCCGUUAGGGCAGCUGUGCCCCAACCUGCCAUCCCAACCUACCCUGGUGUGAUGGCCUAUCAGGAUGGUUUUUACGGUGCAGCUGAUCUUUAUGGCGGCUAUGCGGCUUAUCGUUACGCCCAGCCUGCUGCGGUAGCAACUCCCGCAGCAGCGGCGGCUGCAGCGGCAGCUUACAGUGACAGCUAUGGACGAGUUUAUACAGCAGACCCUUACCACGCUGCGCUGGCCCCGGCUGCCUACGGUGUCGGAGCCAUGGCCACGCUGUACAGGGGAGGCUACAGUAGAUUUGCUCCCUACUAGAGACACUACAUUUCCCAGGAGCUCCUUUCUUCCAUUGAAUUACUCCACAAGAGCUCCCUCUGUUGUCAAGGAGGUGGACUACAUCCAGUUUAUGAAGCGUGGCAUCAACCACGGCAACGAUAUUUCAAACCCCACCCUUGUGCAGUCCCACUUUUUCUUAUCUACACUACUACACAAAUAGAGGAAUGCUGUAUUAAGGAUCGAUGAUGGAUGACGUUUAAAUAAAAAAAAAAAGAAGAAGAAUUAAUAACAACUUGAGACGGACACCUUCCCCAUUGCACGGUUGUAUUAUAUCCCCACCCCACUUCCUUAUUUCCUCAGCACAAGAAGCAGAAUGGAACCCAGAUGUGCUUCCAAAGGCUGUACAGAGACGAGACAUUUAAACAGCUGCCGACCAUGUGAGAGAAUGAUCCAGGUGUCGUGCAACCGGCACACACUCCGUGUUUAAGGAAAAAGGACGCACGCGAACAAUCAAGGAAUUUUUGCUCAGAGAACUCUUGAACCUGAAAGCUGAGUCGCUGUCACGAUAAAACACCCAUGGACGAAGUAAAUAAUUCCUUCCUGUGUGGGGGCGGAGCAAAACGCUUGCCGUGGAAAGAUGGCGACAGCUUGUGAUGCAACGUUCAAAAGACGUGAGAAAGCUGAAGCAAGGAUGGUGAUUAUUAGAGCUGUACCUUACCUCAAGUUUUCUUAGUAUGUGGAAAUGGUGAACCUUUAAACUUAAAUUAUGAUAUGCAAAGAAAUUAGCUUAGUGGGGGGGGGGGUAAAGUUACCAAAUUAUUGUAAUCAUUCUCAUAAUUAUUCUUAUUAGUACCAUUAUUUUGUUCACCUCAGACAGCGCCCCCUGCUGUUAUGGCACAUGUAGAUUUCCCAGUGAAUCUUGGGGGGAGGGGGAAUGAGAAAAUAAUCUAUAUAAUUGUUCUGCCUGUGACACACUACAAACAGCACAACACUACAUGGAAUACUGCAAACGCUUCCUUCAGUCCAUUUAUUUUGUUCAAGCUUUAGAUUCAGACAAAAUCAUUCAAUCGUGACCCUGAGGUUCACAUUUGUUGAUCCUUUUGAUGCAGAGAUUUAUUAUGUGGAUUUCCCCCCUCCCCUCAUGCUCCAUCUUUUACUGAGCACGUCCAACAUUGAAAGAGUCUUCCUGCAAAAAUAUUUUUGUUUGGGAACUGUGUUGGAAAUGCAGUCAGUAAUUACUGAGCAGGAGCAAUUCUGUCAGUGAGUAAAUAGAAAA